AUAUUGAAAUUAGCAAAAAAAAAAAAAACCCCGUUGCAAUGUUGCACCCGCUCCAUCAUUCAAACAAUCAAACUUGACUGAGUAAUUCUUUAUUCACAACAAUUUCUUCACUCCUAAAACCCAACAAAAAUUCCCCCCUUUUCUCUGCUACCUCCACUUCAGAGUUCAGACCCCAGCCCUCACCCCCAGGCUGCUAAUUGCUAACUUAUGCUUAACAUCUCCAAUGUCAUCAUCUCAAUCCCAUGAAACUAAUUAGGGAAACGCAUUCAAUUCUUCACAAAUCUAAAUUUAGGGUUUUCGUUUAAUUGCGGAAUCCCUCUCUUUUAGUAUAAUAAAGGGUAGAAUUUUGUAAACUUAACAAUGGCGGAAUUGGAUAAUUUGAUUACAAAGAAAGUUGCUGAUCGCUACUUAAAGCGUGAAGUUCUUGGUGAAGGUACUUAUGGUGUUGUCUACAAGGCCAUCGACACCAAGACAAAUCAAACUGUUGCGAUCAAGAAAAUUCGUCUUGGAAAGCAGAAGGAAGGUGUGAAUUUUACUGCCCUGAGAGAAAUAAAACUGUUGAAAGAGCUUACAGACCCUAAUAUAAUAGCGUUGAUAGAUGCCUUCCCCCAUAAGGGAAACUUGCAUCUUGUGUUUGAGUUUAUGGAGAGUGACCUUGAGGCUGUCAUCCGGGAUCGGAAUAUUGUACUCUCUCCUGCUGACACAAAAUCUUAUCUACAAAUGACCUUGAAAGCACUUGCUUUUUGUCACAAGAAAUGGGUCCUUCACAGGGACAUGAAGCCAAACAAUCUGUUGUUAGCAGCUGAUGGACAGCUCAAACUUGGGGAUUUUGGUUUAGCACGCAUUUUCGGUAGUCCAGAUCGCAGGUUUACCCAUCAAGUUUUUGCUAGAUGGUAUAGAGCACCUGAAUUGCUAUUUGGCACUAAACAGUACGGUCCUGCAGUGGAUAUCUGGGGUGCUGCUUGUGUGUUUGCAGAACUUCUGCUAAGAAGACCUUUUUUACAGGGGUCAAGUGACAUUGAUCAACUUGGAAAAAUCUUUGCGGCCUUUGGGACACCAAAGCCUGCCCAGUGGCCUGAUAUGAUUUACCUUCCUGAUUAUGUGGAAUAUCAAUAUGUGCCGGCACCUCCUUUACGUACUUUGUUCCCAAUGGCUAGUGAUGAUGCUUUGGAUUUGUUAUCUAAGAUGUUUGCUUAUGAUCCAAAAGCUAGAAUUUCAGCACAGCAGGCCUUGGAGCACAGAUACUUCACAUCCCAUCCAACAGCUACGAAUCCAGCUUCCUUACCACGACCUCCUCAGAAGGGUGAUAGCAACUCUAAAGUUCCUGAAUUUAAUCCAAAUGAAGGACCUACUGUGUUGUCUCCGCCUAGAAAACUGAGAAGAGUGAUGCCCAAUAGAAGUGACGGGGGUGAAGAAAAUAUUCACAAUGCUGAAAAGUUAGAUGAUCAUGUCAGUGGGAGUAGAUUAACAGCUGGCGCAAGCUCAAGCAGAAAUGACACCAUCCCAAUGUCGAUAGAUUUUUCGGUCUUUGGAUCCAGACCUCCUCCUAGACCAACUAUUAACAGUGCUGAUAGAACACAUCUAAAGCGCAAACUAGAUCUUGAGUUCCAGAUGCCUGAAUAAGCUCAAUCAAUACUUGAUCCCAAGUUAUGUUAAUUUGUGUAUUUUGUGAUUGUUGGGACAGUCAUAUUGUCAGGCAAGGAGUUUGAUCAUGGAAAAAAAGAUCAACAGAGCUGUUUGGGAAGGUUGGUAGUUGGGGGGGGGGGGGGGGGCAAAUAGAUUGAGUUUUAUCAUUUCUCUGCAUAACCUCAGCAGUUUACUAGAAAAGUGGGUGAAUAUAACUUUGGGCGAGGAACAAUCAUUUUAUUGUUUUAGAUAUUGCAUGCGACCGUGGAACUUUGAGUGCUUAUUGUAACAGGUGAUGAUACGAGUGUAGAGUUCAAUUUUAAUUUUUUGGCGGAAGUUACUAGUUGCCUCUCCAAAUGUUGAGAGUUAUUCAAUUGUUGUAAACAAACAUCUUUUUUGAUGUCGAUUUUUGAAGAGAAGUUACCAUCACGAUGA